AUGGACGAUGACGAUGGACACUCCUUCGCCAACAACGUUAUUGUCAUACUAAUUGCCAUGGGUUCAGCAGCUUUUGUGGUCUCAACGUACCAAAUCAUAGCUACCUUCUUAUGCAACAAGCGCAUCAUCACAGACCAAAACCCAUCACAACAACAACACCCACUUCCAACAAUAACCACAACCACUUCCUUCGCAACACAGCCACAAAUGAUUCCAACCCACAAAUACCAUAAAAAGAAAGUUGAUAAUGUUUCAGGUGAUGGUGAUGAAGGUGACACGUGUGCGGUUUGUUUGGGAGAUUUUGAGGAAGGUGAGGAGUUGAGGACUAUGCCCGAGUGCCUGCACUAUUUCCACGUACCAUGCAUUGAUAUCUGGCUCAGUUCACACUCAAGUUGCCCCGUUUGCCGUGCCAGUGCCACGCCUUCUCUUGAGAUGCUUCACUCUAAUCAUGAUCACAGCAUAGAUAUGGCUCAGUUUGGGGUUGCCCAUAGUGAGUUUGUGAUACGACGGUGA